CAGCAAUUCGGCAAGCUGCUGCAGCAGCAGAGUUUCUUGAUUUCCCUUCUCUGAAUGUUAUGCGUAGAGUGAGCGGCACUGUUUCCGGAAUUUAUGGCAAACAAUUAGCGGACAAGUCUCAAGCGCUGAGGCGGCUUAUCCGCCAGCAGGAUAGGCUUCCAUAACCUGCAAUCACUAUCUGUUGGCGAGUGGCCAGCGAACCGCUAAGAAAAUGGAGGCUGGAGACUGUGUACCAGAGGGCCCGCAAUGCGGUGCCACCCUGACUUCACACGUUCCGCCAGGGCUCGAUCCCGCGCGCCCCUGCCCCGGCGGCAUGUCCCAGCUAGCGCGCCUCCCGCCAGAGCUCCAAGAUCGCAUCGCAGAGGCCCUGCCACCCAACGAGGUGGCAUGCACGCUGCGCCUGCUCAGUCGCACGCUAGCAGCCCACUUCCGCAGCCACACCGCCGUGCAGCUGUCGCAGCCGGUGCCGCACCACGCCUUCGUGCGGCGCUUCGGCCGCUGGUCCGCGGUGCGCUCGCUGCCGCUGGCUCAGCGGCGCAAGCUCAUCGCUCUGACGGCGGCCAGCGGCAGCUUGGAGAACCUGCGCGUGGUGGCGGGCGGUCCGGACGUGACUCAGGCGGUUGGCACCGCAGGCUGCGCGCUGACGGCAGAGGUGUUUGCGGCAGCGGCCGGGGCAGGGCACAUGCACAUAUGCAAGGAGCUUUACAACAUGGGCUGUCCCUGGGACACGUCAGUACUGUCGGCGGCGGCCCGCGGCGGUCACGUUGCCCUGCUCCGCUGCCUCUGUGCCAGCCGCUGCAAGUGGAGCUGCCUUGGGCCGGUACUGGUGGCGGCGGCGGCGGGCGGGAACCCGGCUGUCGUGGAGGCUGUGAUGAAGCUAUACGGCUCCGAUGGGCACCACCAUUGCUAUGUCGCGUGGAGUUGCAAAAGGCUGUUGCAAUAUUUUGGGAAAGACGAGAUGUGGGGCGAGGCGCAGUGGGACGAGGACGACAAGGAUGCCCGUGAACUGGUUCUGCGUAAGAAGGAAGAUGCUAGCUCCUCCCAACAGCAAGCGCAAACGCAGCAGGAGCAAGAGCAGCUGCAGCAGAAAGAGCAGGAGCAGGAGCAGCAGCCGCAGGGUCCACAGCAAGCUUCAGCUGUGACCGGGCCAGAUAGCGCCGCGGCCGUCACCGCGUCCGCCGCCGCCGCCACGUCCGCUGCCGCUGCCGGCGGCGGGGUUAUUGUGAGUGCAGCAGCAGCAGCAGGAGCCGCGGAAGCCGCGGGAGCAGCAGGAGCCGCGGGAGCAGCCCCAGCCUCAGUCCCAGGAGCACCAGCAGGAGCACCCUCCGGAGCCACCGCGGCCGACGACGCGGCAGCGGGCGCAGCGGCCACUGCGGCGCCUGCCGCGCCCGCCGCCGCCGCCGGCGACGACGACGACGGCGGCGGCGCCAGUAUAGGCUUCCAAUCCUUACACGUGCUACAGCAUGGAAGGGACCUGUCGCAAGAGGAGGCGGCGGCGGUCUGUGUGGUCGCCGCGUAUGCGCUGCCCUUCCGGCCCAUGGCCAGGCUGGUGUACCGGUGCGGCGGCUUGCAGGCGCGCAUGCAGCCGGCACUGGCGGCGGCGCUGGCGGCGGCGCUGCUCAGCCCCACGCCCGACUGGACAACUAAGGUCCUGUGGAUAGAAGGGAUGGUGGCUGAGGACGCUGGCGCGGGCGCGGCAGCAAAGGUCCGGCUGACGUGGCCGCGGGGCCUUGAAGGCGCGCUGUGCGCUGGACUGACCCUGGGCCGCCGCCCACCGGUGGUGCGGGACGCGACAGGGCCGCUGGCGCGACUGAUCUGGGCGCGGAACAGGGGCUACCGCGUGUCCAGCCUACCGCCGGCGUGGCUCCUGCCGCUGGCCGACGUGACCGGCAUGCAGGCCCUCGCGACCUGGCUGCUGGAAGUCCCACCACCACCACCAUGGCAGGGUGCCGCCGCGGCCGCGCGGCGGAAGCGCCCCGACAGCCCCCUCACCGGCGCGGCGGUGGCGGCCGCACGCCUUGGGCACCUGGAGACGCUGGAGGCCCUUGCCAGGGCGCAGGAGGAGCACCGGCAGGCAGCGGGGGAGGCGGAGGCGGAGGUGGAGGCGGAGGCGGAGGCGGAGGGGGCGGCACAGCAGGGGGCCACACAGGAGGCGGCACAGCAGGGGGCGGCAGGUGUGCGGCCCCGCCCGCCGCAGCCUCCGGCCUGGUUGCGGGCUGUUGUCAAGGAGGCGACGGCGCGGGGGCACGAGGACAUCGUGCUCUGGGCGGUGCAAACCUACGGCGCCCAGGCAGUGCUGUGCCAGGAGCUGUGGGCCGCCGCCGCCGCCGCCGCCGCCGCUGCUGCGGGCAGUGCCGCCAGCCGUGACAGCAGUAGCAAUGACGGCAGCAGCAGCAAGCCCAGCUGCGGUCUGCGGCUGCUGGACUUCCUGCAGCGCAAUGGCUGCCCGGGACAGCUGCAGCGCGAGGGCGUGUGCUCCGCCAUCGCCGCCGCCGCGACUGCAGCCUCGGCCGCCGUGGCGAUCGGGGCCGGGGCCGGCGGCGGCGGCGGCGGCGCAGUCACGGGCGUUGCGGGUUUGUAUGAGUGGCUGCAGCGGCAGGGCAUGGCGUCACUGGUGAGUAUGGAGGCGGCGGCGGAGGCGGGGGAUGUGGAGCUGGCGACCCGGCUUGUGAGUGUGGGGGCCGGGCACGCGGCGCUGCACGGCGGCCUGUGGAAGCCGGCGGUGGAGAAGGGGCACGCGGCGUUCGUGGAAUGGCUGGUGGCGGACACGCAGUGCCCGCUGCCGCCGCUGCCAUGGACCUCCUCGAAUGGCGGCGGCACCCGGGGACUGCCCCAUGCGGAGUACCGUGUGGCGCUGAGUAACGGCGACCUAGGGGUCUUGCGGGCGCUGUGGCUGUUGGAGCAGGUGGCAGGAGCAUCAACCAGCUCAGGAGCGGUGGCGGCGGGGGGAUCGGCAGGCGCGGCGGGAUCGGCUUGCAGGUGGCAGUCGUGGGAGCUUGACCGCCUGUAUGACAGCUUGUGUGAGUCGCCGUGCCGCAGCCUGCCGGUGAUGGCGUUCGCGGUGAAGCUCGCGGGGCUGGGCGGCGCGGCGCAUGCACAACAGGUGUGGCAGGCAUGGGAGGCCAUCUUGGGGGUACUGGAGCGGCAGCGGUCGGACUCUGCUGCUGAGGUGCUGGCGCCGAUGCUCGGGCUGUGGGCCGAGCGGUUGGGCUACGUGGCGGCGGAGGUAGACGAGCUGGACCGUUCAUUGAAUGAUCUGCGGCAGCGCUUCCGCGAGGAGGGCUUCAAGUUGGCCCGACCCGCGUCGGACACGCUGCGGCAGCGCGUGCAGGACGCGGCGGCGGCGCUGGACGCCGCCGCCAACGCGGCCAGUGAUCUAUCCGGGCACAUGCUGGACAGUGUGUUGGCCUGGGCACCGUAGGCGCGUGUAGCUGCGUGCUGCGUGCUGUGUGCGUGGCUGGGGCUGUGGCAUAGCGGAUGGUUGACCAUCGGGAGCCAUUGGUUUGUGAUUACUGUGGCCUGUGGGACGGAUACAGGGAGCCGUGGGUGUCGGCGCCUUGGCGGCUGGUGGCUGAGUGGCUAGUGGAGAGGCGGAUAUAUGGGACCGGCCGGCAGCAGUGCGCUAGUGGCCUAGUGGGUGCGAGGCCGCCGACGUGCUGCUGGAUGUAUGGGGCUCACGACAACUGCUGGGCCUUUGCUGUACCGUAUGUGGGCUCGCCUGCUGUUCCCUAAACCCCCCUUAUCGCUUGCAACCAACGCCUCUGCCUGUACUCCGCUCGUUUGACCUGGUGUUUACACACCCCCCCUGGCUGGCUGGCUGGUAAUAAUUUGUUGACGCGCAAUAUUUCUCACGCUCCGUGCGGCCGGCCAGCAGGGGUUGCUGGUGGCGGUCGGUGGUAUAGGUUACACACGCACGCUUACAUAUUGUAGGGACCGCAUGCUUGCCCCAUACUGUGCAUGCGUGGUACGGCGCCAGCUUUGCUGCGGGCCCUUUCUGCAAACGAUCGAUGUAGGCCUACAGCACCAGUGCUUUGGUGCAGGCCGCGCCUACCGCUGCUGCCGCACAUAUGGUAUUGCGGCCAGCACGGCAGGCAUGUGCACCGCUCCAUGCAGGGCUGCUGGCCGCACUAACGCGAGCACUGCGCCGUGACACGUUGGGCGCUCCAUGCCGUGCGCCCCGGAAGGCGGUGUGGGGAUGGGGUGGGGUGGGAUGGACUGGCGGAUGGUGGAAGUAUCAUAUAGGUAUGCUGGGGGCUGCGAGCAGCCAUACUACCGGUCAUGAUAUUGCCUUCGAUAGCUCAGGGCGCCGCGGGCUGGGGGUGGGUAGGAUGUGGGGGCUCGGACUCAGCGGGGGCACGGACUCAGGGCGUGGAAGCCAGCGAGAAGCGGGCGAGAGUAACGCCGAUGUGCCGGGUGAUGUGCGAGCAGAAUACAGAACGCGGCAUUCGUCAUUACGGGGAAACUAAAACAGAUAGCGCCAACCUUUUGCGCCUCGCGCUUUCGCGCGCAAUUUCCAGGAUCCUCCAACGCGUCGAUUCCUCCGUCUUGCGUCCUUCCGUGCCGGGAGCCUUGAUUAUCGAUACAAUUUGUGAUAUAUUGUCUGUUGCGCUGGAGCUCUAAUGCAAAUGCUGCGCUUGUGCGUUUACCCCGCUCUGGCAUAGGGCUUGCGUUUUCAUAAUGUUACGCUUU